AUGGCUGCGGGUCCCCGGCUCCUCUGGCUGCUGGGCCUGGCUCUGUGCGUGCUGGGCGGCGGCCACCUCCCACGUCCCCCGCACGUCUUUCCCCAGCGUCGACUGGGAGUCCGCGAGCCCCGCGACAUGCAGCGCGAGAUUCGGGAGGUGCUGGGACUGCCGGGGCGGCCCCGAUCCCGAGCACCACUCGCGGCUGCCCAGCAGCCAGCGUCUGCGCCCCUCUUCAUGUUGGACCUGUACCAUGCCAUGACGGACGACACAGGCGGCGGGCCCCCGCAGCCUCACCUGGACCGUGCUGACCUGAUUAUGAGCUUUGUCAACAUAGGUGAGUGUGGGAAGGGACCCAGAGUGUCCGCAGUCUCCACGGAGCCUGACUUGUUCUUUUUGGAUCUUCAGACGCUCCGAUCUAUGGAUGAGGGCUGGCUGGUGCUGGACAUUACAGCAGCCAGUGAUCGAUGGCUGCUGAACCAUCACAAGGACCUGGGACUACGCCUCUAUGUGGAAACCGCAGAAGGGCACAGCAUGGAUCCUGGCCUGGCUGGUCUGCUUGGACGACAAGCACCACGCUCCAGACAGCCUUUCAUGGUUGGCUUCUUCAGGGGCAGCCGGAGUUCUGUGCGGGCCCCUCGAACAGCAAGACCACCGAAGAAGCAGCAGCAGCUAAAUCGAAUCAACCAGCUGCCGCAUUCUAACAAACACCUAGGGAUCUUUGAUGACGGCCAUGGUUCCCGAGGCAGAGAGGUUUGCCGCAGGCAUGAGCUCUACGUCAGCUUCCGUGACCUUGGCUGGCUGGACUCUGUCAUUGCCCCGCAGGGCUACUCCGCCUAUUACUGUGCUGGGGAGUGCAUCUACCCACUGAACUCCUGCAUGAACUCCACCAAACACGCCACCAUGCAGGCCCUGGUCCAUCUGAUGAAGCCAGAUAUCAUCCCCAAGGUGUGCUGUGUGCCCACUGAGCUGAGUGCCAUUUCUCUGCUCUACUAUGACAGAAACAAUAAUGUCAUCCUGCGCAGGGAGCGCAACAUGGUAGUCCAGGCCUGUGGCUGCCACUGAGUCCCUGCCCAACUGCCUGCUGCCAUCCCAUCCAUCUAUCUGGUCAGGCCCCUCUUCCAAGGCAGGAAAUGGAUAGACCUUAUCAGCCCCAAGGCCAGGAGGGAAGGCAGUGAACAACUCCAUGUUCACAUUCGGCCUUCUUUCACAGGCUUGGCCCUCUCCAGGCCCCUCUGUUCUUUCUCUGCCUAAGGGUUGGAAGAUGGUCCUGGUUAUAACCCUGGUGACUUCAGUCCCCAAACAGUAGCCCGUCUCUCAUUUCCCGCCCUCCCCUGCCCCCAAACUCCCCAAUGCAACCAGAGGUUGCACUAGGGAGAUUGGCACAGAAGUCCGAUUUACCAAUUUAUUCAUGAUCAUUACUGGCCCAGCCUGACUUGAACCUGGAGAACAAGAUGGACCUCAGGGUCUUCAGGAUUAUCAGAAGAUUUAGGUGUGCACAGACAUGAUCAAACUACCUCUAGCACUCCACAGCCUGUCUCUUGGAGGUACAAAAUGGGAUUUCUAGAGAAGAGUUUAAAAAACAUGGAAAGGCCAGGUAUAGGAAUGCAUACUUGUAAUCUUAGCACUUGGGAAGCUGAGGCAGGAUUAUUGUGAGUUCAAGACCAGUCUGGGAUAUAUCUCUCAAGAUCUUAUAUAUAUCAAGAUCUUCCUUUACAACAAACAAAACAACCAAGCAAAACCCUGGUAUUUGGUAUAUUUAUGGAUCUCAGUCACUAAACCUCUGGCCACAGGCAGGCACAAGAGGCCAGCUAAUGAAAGAACCUACUGUGGAUUUAACAUCUGGAUUCAGGCAUUAUCAUUAAAG